UUAAUGAAAUUAAUCUUUUAUCUUUCAUAGGUUUCAACAGCAGACCAGUGUCGUUCUUCCCCUAAAGCUCUGAUCUCUUGCAAUAAAAAGUCGCUUUAUCUUCCACCAGAAAUGCCAGCUAUUCAUAUUGAAUUCACUGAAUAUUACUACCCAGAUGGAAAGGACUUUCCUAUUCCAUGUCCAAAUUUGUAUGGCCAGCUGAAUGCUUUACAGUUCACCCUGGAUGAGAGAAGUAUUCUUUGGCUAAAUCAGUUUGUGUUGGAUCUGAAACAGAGUCUUAUUCAGUUCAUGGCCAUGUACAAGUUAAAUGACAAUUCAAAAUCAGAUGAACACGUGGAUGUUAGAGUUGAUGGACUAAUGUUAAAGUUCGUCAUCCCAUCUGAAAACAAAUCUGAAAUUCAUAAAGAUCAACCUUGUGCACUUUCCAUUCAAAGUUCAGAGAUGAUUGCUACGAAUACAAGAUACUCACCAAACUGCAGACACUCUGAUCUGGAAGCUUUGUUUCAGAACUUCAAAGACUGUGACUUUUUCAGUAGAACUUUCACCACUUUUCCAAAAUCCCAGAAGAAUUUUAAUCUUUUGCAUCCAAUCUUCCAGAGACAUGCCCAUGAACAAGAUACUAAAAUGCAUGACAUUUAUAAAGGUUAUAUCAUCCCAAAAUUGAAUAAAUAUGCAUUAAAGACAUCUGCAGCUACUGAUGUUUGGGCCUUGCAUUUUUCCCAGUUUUGGAUAGACUAUGAAGGAACGAAAAGUGGGAAAGGCCGACCAAUAAGCUUUGUGGACUCAUUCCCACUUUCACUUUGGAUUUGCCAGCCAGUAAGAUUUGCAAAGUCACAAAAAGAGCUUUUAUCACAUAAUCAGACAGCUUUGAACAUUCCAAAAAGUGAAUCUAGUGAUCUUGCUAAUAGACUACAACGUAAAAAACUUCUAAAGGAAUAUUACAGCAGUGAGAUGGAGCCCUUGACUAAUGGCAUUCAAAUGUCAGAUGCUUUGGGAGUGCUUUCUGAAAGCUCUUCCUCUGAUGCAGAUGUACAUGUUCUUGUCCAUGUUCAAAAACAUGUAAGUGUGCAGAUCAAUCAUUACCAGUAUCUUUUUUUGUUGUUUCUCCAUGAAUCUCUUGUAUUACUCCUGGAAAACUUAAGGAAUGAUGUAGAAGCAGUGACGGGAAAACCUGCGAAGCAAACGGAUGUCUGCAUUGGGAUCCUACUGAAAAGUGCAGAACUGGCCUUACUGCUCCAUCCAGUGACUCAGGGAAACCCUUGUAAGUCUCCAGUUGUGGAAGAAGGAAGUCCCAUGGCGUCAGAACUCUCCCCUUUGGGAAAUGGGGAAGCUCUUACUUCAGAGAGUAAAUUAGUUGGCAAUAAGAUAGUGCAAGCUGGUAUUACUAAUUUUGAUUAUGUAAAUGACUGCAAGUCUUUGAAUACUGAAGUUAAUAAAGGAAUUUUAAUAGAUCCUCUUUUGUUUAAGUCAGAUAGUAAUACGGAUUUUCAGAAAGGAACAUCAUUUUCAGAUGAUGCGUCAGAUAAAGGUUUGGGAGAUACGAGUGAAGGAGGAAGCAGUGGACUUUUUAGUAGAAGUGAUUCAGAGGAAGUCUGUGGACCUCUGAGUGAGAAAAGUAGCUUGCAUCCUAGGGAUUCAGAGCCCAUUUUAAAUAAGAGGGAGGAUUCUACUGAAUUUUUCAUUGAAAAAGAGGAUGACAAAAACAUAUUCUCAAAUAAGUUAAAUGAACAGGAAGGCACAACUGAAGGCUGUCCUAACCAAGUGACUGACUUGGAAACAGAAGCUGCCUUAGAAUCUGAAGAGCUUGAAAUCAACAAAGACAAAGUGACUUCAGUUAGAAUGUUUGCACCCCAGUCUUCAUCAAGCGCAAAGCCUAAGGAACGCUGCCCGUCCAACCUCCCUGCAUUCUCUGUUUCUUACAAGAAUAUGAAGAGAAGUCCAUCACAAGUCUCUCUGGAUACCAUCUCUAUCGAUAGUAUGAUGCUAGAAGAUCAUUUGAUAGAGAGUGACGGAAGUGACAGCCAAAGCUUUCUGGAGAAAGGUAUUACAGCCACAAACUAUCAAAGUCCAUCAGAAAAUGCCCAUGAAGGAGGCACAGUGAUUGAAAAUUGUGAUGGAUCAUCUCCAGAUGCCAUGAGUGCUGCUUCAGAGAAUGCCCAUGAGACUAGUGAAGAAAUGAUGUCUGUUGUGGUUUUCCAAAUAUUUGGUGUUAAGGGUGAAAUUGACAUCAGAGGUGAUGACACAGAAAUAUGCCUACAGGUCAACCAAGUGAUACCAAAUCAGUUGGGAAAUGUCAGCGUUCGACACUAUCUUUGCAACAGAACUGUUGGUUCUGACUGUAAAUCUGCAGCUGGACCAGCUAAUUCGUCACCUGAGAUUAGUUUGAGAUGGGAAAGUGGGCCUAGUGCUGUCAUACAUUCUCUGCUGGCUGUAAAAAAUGGUUUUCUUCAGUGUCACAUAGAGAACUUCAGUGCUGAAUUUCUAACGUCUUCCCUCACAAACAUUCAGCAUUUUCUAGAAGAUGAAACUGUUGCGGAAGUGAUGCCUAUGAAGAUAAAACUUUGUAAUGCGAGGAUUAAUUUAAAAGAUGACAGUCCACGUGAAAAUCUCAAGGCAUCUGAGGUGGUACCCAUAAAACUGCAUAUUGACAUACUCUGGAUAGAAAGAAAUGAUGAUGGCUCUUUUCUCAUUAGAGACAAUCAAAGAGUAAAUGAUAUGUCAAAGAUGAAGAGUUCAAGUAGUGCAUUGCAGCAAGCAACUGGACGUGUUGGCUAUAAAACACAGGACCAAGCCACGCAGACGACUUGUGAAAUUCCUGGACCUUCUAAAUCAAGCAGGGAUUCAGCUGACUUCCUUAAAAAUGAGCUUAUUGAAGAAAAUGAAUGUCUCAAACAGGAACUAGCCAAAGCCAAAAUGGCUCUUGCUGAGGUCCAAAUGGAAAAAGAUGCCCUGCUUCAUCGUAUAAAGAAGAUGAAUGUUGAUCAUCAGUAGGACAGUGUUCUGUUGGUGCAGGGCAUCAUCAACAGAACUUCAGGUGAUGGGGGCAUCUAAAAUACUGCUUGUAAAUCGCUGGAAGUCAUGGUUAUUUUUUUUGUCACAGACAGAAGUUUUCUCAUUCCGUACAAAAUGUUUGUGAACUAGUUACCAUUCAAAAAGUAUCAUUAAACAUUGUAACUUUUUUCAGCCCAUUUGAAACAGAAACGACUUUGGAAAAAUCAAUUUAUACUGUACUUUCUUAAUUUACUGAAGAAAAAAAAAUCGUAUCAUCUAC